AUGGUCUGGCUCCUGCACAAGACCUUCACCGAGAACAACCUCGACUGGGAAGUGAUUAUUGUCGAUGACGGCUCCCCCGACGGUACCCAGGAGGUGGCCAAAGAGCUCAUUGCUGCCUACGGAGACAACGUCGUGCUCAAGCCCAGAGCCGGCAAGCUCGGUCUGGGAACUGCCUACGUCCACGGUCUGCAGUUCGCCAGAGGCAACUUUGUCAUCAUUAUGGACGCCGACUUCUCCCACCACCCCGAGUCCAUUCCGGAGUUCAUUGCUCUGCAGAAGAAGAACAACCACGACAUUGUCACCGGCACCCGAUACGCCGGCAACGGAGGAGUCUAUGGCUGGGAUCUCAAGCGAAAGCUUGUGUCUCGAGGCGCCAACUUCCUGGCCACCCUGGUCCUGCGACCCCACAUUUCUGACGUGACCGGCUCUUUCAGACUCUACAAGAAGCCCGUGCUCGACAAGGUCAUCCACUCCACCAAGUCUAAGGGCUACGUGUUCCAGAUGGAGAUGAUUGUGCGAGCUCGAGCCAUGGGCUACUCCAUUGGCGAGGUGCCCAUCUCUUUCGUCGACCGACUCUACGGAGACUCCAAGCUUGGAGGCGACGAGAUUGUCCAGUACGCCAAGGGUGUGUGGAACCUUUUCGUUGACAUUUAA